UUCCAUCCUUCCUGAUUGUCGAAUUUCUCCUGAGCGACAUUUCUCUUUCCCCAUAUCUCAAGAAACCAUCUAUCCAUCUCUCUCGUGCAUAUUCUCUCCUCUCCACCGCCUUCUGUCAUAACAACAUCCUCAACCUUAUUUCCGACCUUGGUGAUAUCAUAAGUCAUAAAGUUCCCCAAAUGGCCACCCACGUUGUUACCGCCACUACCACCCCCGUGUUCACGGGCAACCAAAUCUCCAUCUACGGUCAACCUACCCCCAUCAAUUCCGCCGAGACCACCGCCAACAACUCGCCCGCGUCGCCCCAGCAGCAGUUCCUUCCCCUUCACAGCAAGCAGCUUCGUCCCCUGAAGGGCCCUCUUUACGUUCCCGCUGCUUUGCGCCCCAACGAACACGCUCAGAAAUCCUCGCCACCUACUCCUCCCCGCAGUGUCCACGGCUCCUUGGACAGUCUCACUGAGGGCGAGAUCGGUGUUCCCGCUUCUCGUCGCUCCACCAUGGAAAGCUACAGCAGUGGCUCGACUGUCAGCAAGCUGGCGGAGGAUGAGUGGAUGAAGAAGGAAGACCUGGGCGAGGUGACCGGGCAGCCUACUCGCGAACACUGGAAAGCGGAUUCUGCUUCUCCCAACUGCGACUCUCCUACCUGCCGCUCGUCCUUUGGUAUCUUCUUGCGUCGCCACCACUGUCGCCAUUGCGGCCAUGUCUUCUGCUCUUCCCACACCCCUUAUGUCGUCCCUCUCGAUCAGAAUGCCCGCUUCCACCCCGAAGGUGUUCCGUCGCGUGCCUGCGAUCUUUGCUGGAGCGCCUAUUCGCGCUGGGAGGAAUCCCGCACCGAGCGUCUCAACAAUAUCCAGACGCAGCUCGAUGCACAGACCGGUGUCACUGCCGGCCAAGCCGACCGUGCUGUCUCUACGAACGCCAAGCCCUCGCCGGUCGAGAGCCUCAAGGCCGCUGCACUGAACGGGGUGCCGGGACAGACCACGGAGAUCGCUGCCAGCGUCCCCCGCGGCUGGAACUGGAGCACUUUCUGAACGACGACGACUUCACGCAUUAAUGAACAUGCCCAUACACCUGCGCGGUCAAUAUGCGCCCACG